UAUAAGAGGAGGAGAAGAAGAAGCUUUUUGCUCAGUGUGUGAUUUGACUUGGCCCGAUCAAUGGAGUUUACACUACGGGCGGUUCGCGUGAACUCUCUGUGGUAGAAAAUUGUCGUGAAGCUUAAGAAAAACGAGAAGUGUUGUUAAGGAGUGACACGAGGGAUACUUAAGGCGCACAACAUACAUACAUACAAAGGCAUACAUAAUAAAUAUCCCUCAAUAGAAGGGAUUGGAAGCAGAAUUGAGAGAAGGAUAAUUGAUUUGGUGCGCGAAGGCAGUGAGGCACGAUGGCGGAUUCGCUAAUUGAAAUGGGUUCCGUGGAUAAAUCAAUGAAUCGCUUCCAAGUGAAGCGUGUGAGUCAUGCUGAGAACUAUCGGCGCCCACAGCAACAGAAUCAGGAGCAUGAGGAUGAGGAUGAUAUUUUCCCCGAGGAAACAGCCGCAAUGAUCGCUCGACGUCAAUCCAGACUUUCAUCUAUAAAAAGUAGUUUUCGUGACAUUGAUAGACCAUCGAGAUAUAAAGAUUUGCAGACAACGCGCUUCCAGGUAGAUUCGGAACAGAAUGAAUCGGAUGAGGAACAAAAUGAUCUACUCGAUGGCAGUGAUUAUGAUACAAAAAUCUACAAAAGCUUCAGACACUUCACGCGAGAAGCUCUUCCGAGAUUGGAUAACUAUCGGAAUAUUCUCAGUAUUACCCAUUCAAAUAGACCAACCCUCGAUGAAUUGCACAAUGCAACCAUUUCCAACAAGACACACAGCCUGCAGAAUAGAGCAGGAAGAUCAACAAGUGAGGGUGGAAUGAAAUUUGGAUGGAAGCAAGGCGUAUUGAUGCGAUGUCUUCUCAACAUUUGGGGCGUUAUGCUCUUCUUGCGCCUCAGCUGGGUUGUCGGGCAGGCUGGUGUAGGUCAGGGUAUCCUACUCAUUCUAACAACAACCGUCGUAACCACCAUUACAGCCCUCUCAAUGUCCGCCAUCAGUACAAAUGGCGUAAUAAAAGGAGGUGGAACGUAUUACAUGAUAUCCCGUUCAUUGGGCCCGGAAUUCGGUGGCUCAAUCGGGUUAAUCUUCUCCCUGGCAAACGCCGUAGCAUGUGCAAUGUACGUGGUGGGCUUUUGCGAAUCGAUGCAAGACUUGCUGAGGUCCUUUGGUUUGGCAAUAGUCGACAAUGGUGUCCACGAUGUCCGUAUAAUUGGUACCAUCACAAUUAUAGCUCUCCUAGCUAUUGUUGUAAUAGGUAUGGAGUGGGAAGCGAAGGCACAAGUGGGGCUCCUCAUAAUUCUCCUCGUUGCCAUUGUGGACUUCCUCAUUGGAACCUUUAUUGGACCAAAGAGUGAAGUGGAGAUCGCCAAGGGUUUCGUCGGGUACAAUGCAACGGUCUUUGCGGAGAACUUCAAGCCUGCCUAUCGCACAGAAGGAGGUGUUGAGCACAACUUCUUCUCCGUCUUCUCGAUCUUCUUUCCCGCUGCAACGGGCAUCCUUGCGGGUGCAAACAUCUCCGGUGAUCUUCGUGAUCCACAAAAAGCCAUUCCCAAAGGGACCCUCCUUGCAAUCGUAAUCACAACAGCCUCCUACGUAAUUAUGGCCUUGUGUGCUGGCGCAACGGUGGUACGUGAUGCCACCGGCAACAUAACCGAUGUGGUUAAUGGGACUCUUGAGUACAUUAACUGCACCGAACCCUGCAAGUAUGGUUUGCUCAAUUCUUUCCAAGUUAUUGAGCUUGUUUCAGGAUUUGGCCCUCUCAUCUAUGCCGGUUGCUUUGCCGCCACGCUCUCAUCGGCCCUUGCUAGCUUGGUAUCAGCUCCCAAAGUCUUCCAAGCUCUGUGCAAAGAUGAGCUCUUUCCCAAAAUUAAAUGGUUCGCCCGUGGCUAUGGGAAGAAUGAUGAACCCGUACGUGGGUACAUCCUAACAUUCUUCCUUGCUGUUGCAUUCAUUCUCGUUGGAGAACUCAACUUGAUUGCUCCGCUCAUCUCCAACUUUUUCCUAGCAGCUUACAUGCUUAUCAACUUUAGUACAUUCCAUGCUAGCUUUGCCAAGUCCAUUGGAUGGCGUCCGACUUUUAAAUACUACAACAUGUGGCUGAGUCUUCUGGGAACAAUUCUCUGUGUUUCCGUGAUGUUCCUCAUUUCCUGGGCUACUGCCCUUUUGACCUUUGCAUGCGUCAUUGCGCUCUAUCUUAUUGUUCACUAUCGGAAACCUGACGUCAACUGGGGCUCCUCAACGCAGGCACAAACCUAUAAGAACGCCUUGAUGUCCGUUCAACAGCUGAACAACGUGGAGGAGCAUGUGAAGAACUAUCGGCCGCAGAUUUUAGUUCUUUCGGGGUUGCCAAGUAUUCGUUCAAUCCUUGUGGAUUUUGGAUACCUAAUCACGAAGAAUGUCUCCCUCCUGGUAUGCGGGCAUGUCAUUCAGAGCGUUAGCAACCAGAAGCAUCGGCUCUACAUGCAGCAGAAGACAAAGGAAUGGUUUGAUGAUCACAAAAUGAAAGCUUUCUACGCGCAUGUUGAUGAUGAAUGCUUCGAAACAGGAUGCAAAGCCUUAAUGCAGGCAUCUGGGAUUGGGAAACUGAGACCUAAUGUCGUCAUGAUGGGCUACAAAAAUGACUGGAAGACUGUUGAUUCAACGGCUCUCAAGCAAUACUUUAAUGUUGUCCACAAGGCUUUUGACAUGUACUUCGCCGUAUGCAUCUUACGAGUAAACAACGGGCUUGAUUACUCCAAAGUCCUCGGAGAUGAGCUAACAAGGAGCAUAAUAAAUGUCCCAAAAGGCCUCCAGGGAAGCGAUAGUUCCGCUGAUCUUCUAAUCACCGCAACAAAGAGCGAAAUGCACGGAAGUUGCGAUUCAUUGAGCAGAAAUGAUUCUCAAGUCGAGGAAGCUAAAAAGAAUGCCCACAAUGCGAAUGAAAUUAAGAAAAGCACUAAAAAUCAAUCGAGCAGCACGAGCGAUUUGUCCUUGAUGGGAAACCCUAUUCUGGCCACAAAUACCGUCUCAAUCCUUCCGGAUCCAUCUUCAGGGAAGACCAAUGCCGCCUACAACAUUUCCCUAACGAAGAAGAAUGAGAAGAAAACCCUCGAUGACCCCUCAACGCUCUUCAAAGGCCCAGGUGGGUCUGAACUCCCAAAAGAAAUUCUCGAUGAGCUCACAGUUUUCACGGGGAAGCGCAAGGAUGCAGUGAUUGAUGUUUGGUGGCUCUAUGAUGAUGGUGGGUUAACACUCCUCCUGCCCUACAUCAUAAGUACAAGACGCAAUUGGAACUCGUGCAAACUCAGGGUUUUUGCCUUGGCCAAUAAGAAGGCAGAAUUGGAGUUUGAACAGAGAUCAAUGGCGAGCUUGUUGGCUAAAUUCAGGAUUGACUACUCAGACUUGAGACUCCUGCCGGAUAUUACGAAGAAGCCACAAGAGGAGACGAUAAAGUUCUUCAAUGAUCUACUUGAGGAAUACCGCAGAGCUCAAACGAGGGAUGGAAAUCAAGGGGGUGUUCAAAUAACUGAGAGCGAACUCCUGGCCGUUAAGGACAAGACCAACAGGUACCUUCGCCUCCGGGAGUACCUACACGAGCACUCAAUGAAAUCCGACCUUGUCGUGAUGACCCUCCCAAUGCCACGGAAGAGCAUCGUCUCAGCCCCCCUCUAUAUGGCCUGGCUUGAGAGUAUGAGCCACAAAAUGCCACCAUUCCUUUUUGUACGCGGCAAUCAAUCCAGUGUCCUCACAUUCUACUCCUAAAAAAAAUCCGCGCGCAAUUUAACAUUCUAAAACGCAUCAAUUAUAUACAUUGUAGUGAGUAUAUAAACUUAAUUCCAGUUUAAUUUAUUUACAUAGACAAGUUCAAAGUAGAUUUUUAGUGUAAAUGACUAACCCCCUAGGAGUUAAAUAUUUUAAUUUUAUUUCUUUCUUGCGAAGCAUUGUCAAUAGUUGAAGGAAUUUAAAAAUAAAGCUGUUAAAUAUUUGAGAAA